CAAUCUGAAGUGUUUUAGAUCUGUAAUCCCUCGUUCAAUAUGAAGAGGAUAGUCACCGUCUUCGCCUCGUCUGGUCCUCGGCAUCCCUCGUCUGGUCCUCGGCAACGAUGGCUCCAUCGAUUGGUUCUCCCCAUUUUUGGUGCUCUUUUUGCAGCUGUGAAUGUACUGUUUCUCUUCAACAACAAGAAUGACCCAUCCACAACAACUUUCAUCACUUCAAACCAAGCACACACUUCGCAGAGAUAUCCCUUUGUUCCAGCCGAUGUCAUUGUUCAAUGUGGCCUAGUGGAACACGUCAAUUUGAAAACCUUGCCCAAGCCACUUACUAAAUCACUGGGAUUUGUCAAACCUCACAAGACCGGAGGCUCUACUGUGGCAAACAUUGUCAAUCGAAUUGUUUGGGAACGCAACAUGACCAAAAUGAUUCCUUCUGAUUACACCUAUUUGGGAUGGCCAACACCUUUUCCAGGAAACUACAAAAGUAUUGAGAGCGUCAAUGGGUCUGGUAUCUUCAGAUUUGACGCCGUGUCCAAUCAUGCUGUAUUCAAUGCAGAUGCAUUUCGGACUUACCUCAAAGAGCCAGCCCUGAUCUUUACAAUCCUGAGAGACCCCAUGGAGCGCGCCAUUAGUGCCUUUCAUUACUUUCCUCCGUAUAACUCUGGAAACUAUACAUGGCAGCAUUUCAUCCGAAAGUACAAGAACACCACAUAUAUCAAAACAUGGGACCAGGCAGUGCAUGUGAACCCAAUGGCAUAUGCCUUGGGAUGGUAUCAUUUGCGACCACCACUUCCCAGUGACAACAACAAAAGUAAAAUGAAGGGGAUGAUGUGGACAACAGCAUUUGAUCACAACAAAUCAGCUAUUAGAGAUUUCAUCAAGAAGGUGGAGGAUGAAAUUGAUUUGGUCAUGAUUCUUGAUCACUUGACAGAGAGCUUGUUGUUGCUGAAGGAUGAGUUGCCUCAGCUGGAAGUGACAGAACUGCUGUGGUCUGAUUUCAAAAUUUCAGGCAAGGGUGCUUCUGGUGAUGACACAGGUGGCACAAACAACAGAAAGAGCCACAAAAUCUACCCAACUGAAGCGGAACGACAAGAGCUGUCCAACAUGAUGCUUGUGGAUCAGAUGCUAUAUGACCAUUUUCGGGACAAGCUAUUACUUCGAUGGAAGGCCAAAGAGGAGCGAGCACCAGAAGAGACCCGUCAACUGAAGAAUGGCCUCAAUUGCCUUCAUGAAACUGUCACACAACUUCUCGCAACCGAGAAGAACCGCCUCCCAAAGCGCCUGAGGAUAUGCUUAUCCCAAGAUUCUCCUGGCUUUACACACUUGCAGUCCACCAAGCAACAAAGGGUCAAUGUUGGCAACUGAGUGCAACUACCGGUAACUGUUGUCGUUGAAUGUUCCGAGUUAGUUGAGUGACUCAGUCGGCGUGGCUUCGCAUAGAUAUUUGAAUCCAUGUUUCAAUGUCAAGAUACCGUGCCACAUGAUUGGCGUGCCCGACCUAACUCCCACAACUUUCGCACGAUUAGAUUAAUCAUUAGGUUGAGAGUGGCGCGGAGCAACGCGAUGGGUGAGACUGUGAGACUAGCUUUAUGUGCUCUCGUAGCCAAAUCCAAUCUUACUUUAUCUAAUUUGGGCGGAGGCGAAACAAGCAAGUAGGAUCGAUUCCGUUUGCCAAUAAAGGCGCUCGCUCAACACAUUCCGUGAAAGCAAACAAAGCAAGCGACCGAUUUCCUUCACUCAGCGAUCUCACAAUAAUAUCAACCCAUCUCACUCUACGCCGUUUGUCCAAACUCCAACUAGCUAAAGAUGAUGUUCAAAGCUGCCACCUUCUCUGUAAUUGCUACAGGUGCCCACUUGCGCACUCGUAAUCAUCAGAUACCUGCCGUCGUUGCAGACACAGUUCACCGCCCUUCCCAAUGGGCAUCCACGCUACCCUUCGUGGAAAUGGAGUGCGGGGCCGAAGCUAUGGCGUGUGAUGUUGCCUCGACAUCAGAAAACGAGGGUACCCAAGGAUUUUUUGUUUGUCGUGAAAUGGAGCAAGGCAUUCGUCAGACAAUAUGCAUCGUAGCCGAACGAGGGCUGGAAGCGGAUAUGUGUGGUUGUUGCAACGAACUUUGCACAGCAACAGUUCCAAAAAACUGACUGGCCUGAAGACUGGACCAUCACUUAUUCCCAAACGACCCAAGCCCGUGGAAAGGGCAUCUUCUGCAUAUGACAAUGGAUAGAAAUUUCCCUUAUAGAUUGCAUGUUUUAGUAUU